GUUGUUGUCAGAAGGUUUCGUAGCCCGCCGGGGACUCAGAGAGGCGCGAGCGCAGUCCGUUGGGCGCGCGAGUCGCAGAAGCCGAGGAGAGGCGGCGCGAGCUCGCAAGAACGCUGAAGCGUCCGCGCGCGCCACUGUGUUGUACUGUUUGUUUGCCGCCGCCGCCGCCCUGGUCGCUGAGGAGGCCACUCUGCGGCGGCUGUUCCUGCGAGAGGAGCGGAAGGGUGCCGAGCAGCAGCGGCCGCUUUUCCAUGCGGGGAGCGGCGGGGGAAACGCGGAGGGCCGCCGGAGGAAAGACGGCCACUCCUGCCGCUGCCAACAUCCUCAGCAAUAAGGGAAGAAGACUAAGCAACUGUUCACAGAACUGGAUAUGGAAAUAUCAAUAGAUGAGUCCUUAGAGAAUAUAAAGAAAAAUUGAAACUUCAUGAACAAAGUAUAGACAAGAUGAUACCUCUGGAGAGGGCGCUGCCGAGGUGCGUUUGGCAGUGAAAAUGGUUAUAUAUCUGCUUCAAAUAUCCUUGUAUGAGAAGACAUCAGUUUCAAAACUCUUCAGAAUUACAUCUUGACUUGGAGCAGUAUGGCAGGUUUCAAACGAGGGUAUGAUGGAAAAAUUGCCGGAUUGUAUGAUUUGGAUAAAACCUUAGGCAGAGGGCAUUUUGCUGUGGUCAAACUUGCCAGGCAUGUUUUUACAGGUGAAAAGGUAGCCGUGAAAGUAAUUGACAAGACCAAGCUAGAUACACUAGCCACAGGACAUCUCUUCCAAGAAGUUAGGUGCAUGAAAUUAGUGCAGCAUCCUAAUAUUGUUCGUUUAUAUGAAGUGAUUGACACCCAGACGAAACUUUAUCUAAUCUUAGAGCUUGGUGAUGGGGGAGAUAUGUUUGAUUACAUCAUGAAACAUGAAGAGGGCCUUAAUGAAGAUUUGGCAAAGAAGUAUUUUGCUCAGAUUGUUCAUGCUAUAUCCUACUGCCAUAAACUGCAUGUAGUUCACAGAGACUUAAAGCCAGAGAAUGUUGUCUUCUUUGAAAAGCAAGGACUUGUGAAAUUGACUGACUUCGGUUUCAGCAACAAAUUUCAGCCUGGAAAGAAACUUACAACAAGUUGUGGAUCUCUUGCAUAUUCUGCUCCUGAAAUUCUGCUCGGAGAUGAGUAUGAUGCUCCUGCAGUAGAUAUAUGGAGCUUGGGAGUUAUACUUUACAUGUUGGUUUGUGGCCAACCACCAUUCCAAGAAGCAAAUGACAGUGAAACUUUGACAAUGAUCAUGGACUGUAAAUACACAGUGCCAUCUCGUGUGUCAAAAGAAUGUAAAGAUUUAAUUACACGCAUGUUGCAAAGAGAUCCAAAACGAAGGGCAUCCUUGGAAGAGAUUGAAAACCAUCCUUGGCUACAAGGAGUUGACCCAUCACCAGCAACAAAGUACAACAUUCCUUUGGUUUCAUAUAAAAAUCUUUCCGAGGAAGAGCACAACAGCAUAAUACAGCGAAUGGUUCUGGGAGACAUUGCGGACCGAGAUACCAUAGUAGAGGCCCUGGAAACUAACAAAUAUAAUCACAUCACUGCUACCUACUUCUUACUAGCAGAGCGGAUUCUAAGGGAAAAGCAGGAGAAAGAAAUACAAACCAGAUCAGCAAGUCCAAGCAAUAUCAAAGCUCAGUUCAGGCAAUCAUGGCCAACAAAAAUUGAUGUCCCCCAAGAUUUAGAAGAUGACCUUACAGCAUCUCCUUUGUCCCAUGGAACUGUUCCUCAGUCUCCAGCUCGCAGUGCUGAAAGCAUUCUUAAUGGUCACAGGAAUAAGGCACUUAAUGAUUCAGCAAAGAAAGAAGAUAUUUCUGAAUUAGCUGGCCCAGCACUUUCUGUUGUUCCUUCAGUGAGCUUAAAACCUACAACUAGUGGUCGGAAGUGCUUAUUUAGAGUGGAAGAAGAUGAGGAGGAGGAUGAAGACGAUAAAAAACCUGUUUCCCUUUCAACACAAGUUGUUUUGCGCCGGAAGCCUUCAGUAACAAAUCGUCUUACUUCCCGGAAGAGUGCUCCAGUUCUCAAUCAGAUCUUUGAGGAAGGAGAAUCUGAUGAUGAAUUUGAUAUGGAUGAGAAUUUGCCUCCGAAACUUAGCAGGCUAAAAAUGAAUAUUGCGUCACCCAGCACUGUGCACAAACGCUACCACAGAAGGAAAAGCCAGGGUCGAGGUUCUAGCUGUAGUAGCUCAGAAACAAGUGAUGAUGAUUCAGAAAGUAGGCGACGUUUAGACAAAGACAGUGGGUUUACUUAUUCCUGGCAUAGACGGGACAGUAGUGAAGGUCCCCCUGGCAAUCAGGGGGAUGGCAGUGGACAAGGCAAACCAAGCAAUGGAAACGGAGGCAUAGACAAAGCAAGCCCAGGUGAUAACAAUAAAGGGGGUGGAAGUCCUUCUGGUAGCUCUGGAGGAAGCACGAAUAACAAUUCAGGUUCUACUCGUCGGUGUGCUGGAUCUGGUAACUCAAUGCAGCUGUCUUCAAGAAGUGCAGGUGACCUUGUAGAAAGCCUCAAGUUGAUGAGUCUUUGCUUAGGUUCGCAGAUUCACAGCAGUACUAAAUACAUUAUUGAUCCACAAAACACCAUAUCAUUUUCCAGUGUUAAGGUUCAGGAGAAAUCAACAUGGAAAAUGUGCAUAAGUUCUACUGGGGGUGUAAAUCCAGCUUCAUCUUUGGGCAGCAUAAAAUUCUUUUCCGACCAAAUGUCAGACACAACAAAUGAAUUGGAACGAAUAAGGAGCAAGAACUUGAAAAACAACGUGUUACAACUACCUCUGUGUGAAAAAACAAUAUCUGUGAAUAUUCAGCGAAAUCCGAAGGAGGGACUGUUGUGUACCUCUGGUCAAACUACUUGCUGUCACGUUGUUUGACAAUAACCAGACUUGACCCAUUCUACUUGACAUCACCAAACUUCCUUUUCAGAGCUGUGAAUACUUUAUUUCACUGAAACCCUUCAUUGCCAUUGUCUUAAUAUUUUAAAGUGAGCUUUGAGCAGUAAUUUAUUAUGUUUUAAUUUUAGUUUGCUUGAUAUGACAAUGCAUGAUUUUUGUGCAUGCUGCUAGCCAAUAUUUUUUUUAUUCCCAACAGACCAGGCUAUUGUGUAUUUUUUUACAUUUAUAAUUUUAAUAUGAAAUUCUGGAUUACACAAGGCUUGUAUCCUGAUCCAGUGUAAAUGAAGCACUUAGAAGUUUCAUGUUCUGCACUUAAAUUUAGAGAGAGAGAGCUUUUGUUUUUAAGUGAAAUGUCCAAUCUUGUUCUGAUCUUCUGUCAUACCUAAACUGUGUGAGAUGUGGCAUAAUUCUGUGUGUUUGUAACAGAACCAAAGCAAUAAUGUUUUGAUGCUGAAAGCUCUUGUGGGAGCUUUCAGAUUUCCAAGGCUUGUACAAAGCAGGACUGCACUGAAAAGGGUCUUGAACUAUGAUUUUAAUCCCACAUCUUUGUCUUAAACUGUGAUGUGUGGUAGGGAGUUGUGGAAAUGGACUAGUUUUGGUACAGGCAGGAUUUAAAACAACACUCUAAGGCAGCUUUUCUCCAUAGAAAUAUUGUAACAUGCAGACAAUCUUUUUAAAACUAAGGAACGUUUUAAGUCAUCUGCCUGGAGCUUUUUACAAUCAAUGGGUAAAUAUAUUCAUUAAUGGUAUAUAUAAUGGUGGCAUUUAGACACAGUGCAAACCACUUAAAAUGGACCAAUGUAUGUAGCUGUUGAGAGAUCUAUUCCAGUAAAUCAGUUUCUCUAAAUUAACUGGUUAUAAACACUAAUUAAAAGACUUAACUAAAUUGGUAUCCUGAACACGCCCUCCACCCUUUCCAUUAACAUUCACAGCCUGUUUUCAAUAUUAAUAGUUUUGUGGAGAGCUUAUUACUUUAAGGGUUAAUCAAGCAUCUCAACUGUUGUUUUAACAUUGCUGCCAAGUAACCAAGGACAGUUAUGAGAGGCGGCAAUCAUCUCCAUAUAAACUAGUUGCACCAGAAGUGGUUCAUAAUAUACAAUUCAGAUGUUUUAAUCAGAUAUUUUAAGUGAAAUUGAUGGAAGUAGAAACAAUUACUGCAUUUGGAUCAGAGUAAAUGUAUUUUUAGUUUUAACAGAGAGCCUAGUGGAAUACACUGUAAGUCUAACUUCAUGAAUCCUAUGUACACAGAUUUCGAAAUGCAAAAUGGAAUAAAAUUGUGCAGAUUUCAAUACAUUCUUGUAGUAUCAAAUUUAGUUUGGUAUAAAAUAGUUGCCUUGUUGAGUUUCCUCAAUAACUCUCUCUCCAAAUCAAGUUAAAUAAUAAAAAGUUGGUGUGGAUCAGUUUCCUUCUACAUUCUUCACUGUUGUUAGUGUAUCUUUUUUUAAUCCCUUGUUAUUGAAAUGCUAGCAAAUGAACAUGCUGGCAUUUUUCUGUACAAAAGAAUAAUUUUGACAAGAUGAACUAACUUUUUGUGAACUUUUAUCUAGAAUAAAAUAUAUUGCAAAUCCCUAAUUUUGGGAAAGGCAAGAAUGUUGUUUUUUCCUUAGUGUGUGCCCUGGGUCUUCAAAGCAAUGUUGAUAGGAAAUGAUGGUAUUAUGUAGCAACAUCCCAGACAGGCACCAAUGUCUGAGGCAAGUUUACACUUUAGUAUCUUAAUGCUAGCAGAAUGGUCAAGUAGAAUGCAUUUCAUUUUACAUUGUAGUCUGUAGAGCACCAAAGAACUGUUAUGUUUGGUUAUGAUUAUGUUGCUCACACUAACCCAGGUCUUGCUAAAGAUUGCAACCCAAGGCACGCUGCUUACAAAAAGGUUCCAUUGAAUUCAACACAAUUUAUUUCAAAAUGAAGAAGUUUGAGAUUGCACUUGUAAGUCUAAAUUGUAUAGCAUAUUUUAAUAUUUAGCCUAGUUGGGGCUUAUACUUCUUCCCAAAUACAACAAGUUACAAAUGAAACAUUCUACUUCUUAAAUGUUUUAAGCUGUUUCUAAGCUGUUGUUGCAGUUUAGUUUUAAAACAGGCUACCAUGCUAUACCAGUAUGAUAUCAACAGCUGAAAGCUACAAAAACAGAUGUAUAGGCAAAGCCAUAGAACAUAUUUGCUUGAAAUUUUCUUGAGCAGGGAUCUUAUAAAGGGCCAGAAAUAUGGACAGUUCACAGAAGAUAGUGAACAGAGCAUGUAUUAAAAAGUAGGAGAAAGUUUAUAAAGGGCAUUGGCAAUAAACUUUGCAGCUUUUUAUUUUCAAGUAUUGUAAAUAUUCUUUCCACACUGUGUACAGCCUUGGAAUGGCACCUUUUGACUAACCCAGGUGUUUUUUCCCCUUUGUUUUUAUAUACAAAUGUGUAUAUAUGGUGCUCACUUUAGAACAGCAGUGUUGACCAUUUAUGCUGCAUAGCUGUAAAAUAGCCUUAUUUAGUUGUGUAUGGUUGGUUGAACCUCUGGGUGUACAGAUGUUACCUUGAGUGUCUUUUUAUCCAUUUGUUCACAGGUGAAUGAUUGUGCAUGUGUUGUAUGUUGUAUUAUGUUGUCAAGUUAAAGGAGGGAGCAAAUAACCACUACAUUAAAAUAUAUUGGACCAAACUAUUAUAGAGCAAGUAACAGUUUCUUGUACCCCUUAAAUCUGUCUUUACAAGUUGCAUAUAGUUACCGUAGCAUAUAAAUUAAAUAUUGUGGAAAGCAACUAGUCUUGUAUUUUUCUGUAUGUGUAUAUAAUGUACCUCUAGCAAUUUAUCUGUAUUUAAGAUGUGACAAUCUUGACACAAAAUUUUACAAGUAGCAGUAAAAUUAAGCAGAACAGAGGCAAAGAAUAAGAAGCUAUACAUGUUAUGGAGGGUACAAAAAUAUUAGUUGAUCCUUGUCUGUUGCUUCCAGCGAUUGUUUGGCUUUCUUCAUUGUAUAAGCAUUCAUGAUGUGUGACAAAUGAAAAAAAAAAUCCAACUAAUAAAAAUAACCUCUUUAUUGGUGCAUAAAUUCCUUCCAUGUCAACAUUAUACACUCUUAAUCUGGGUACUGUUUCAUCAGUGAUUUAUUGUGGUUUGAGUCCUUGUCCAUAAUGCAGUAUCUUAUGUCUUAAUGGGUAAAAACCCCAUACGAGUUAAAAUUUUAUUGGUCAAGAAUGAUUGCAAAAACAGAUGGGAAAUGCAUUACUCAAUAUUAUCACACAAAUAAACUGAAAUUUGAAACAUC